AUAACGGAUUAAAAACGAACCCGCCGCCGAAACAGCUCGCGAACACCCGCCAGGCAGCGGCUCUCGGCCCGGUUCUUUUCCCGCCCCUCGCUCGGCUCGGCGGCUCUCGUCCCCGGACGCGGUGCGCUACGAACAAUCAUAACAAUGGCUUCUGGUUCUCCGUCGUCCUCUCCGGACACUGCGACGGGCUCAGGUACGGACCCAGCCCGGCCCGACACAGGCGAGCCGCUCGGUGGCGCCGGCUCCGACUCGGACUCGGACUUGGGUUUGGGUAAGUUCGACUGCAGCGCCAUGGAGAUGGGGGACCGGCUGGAGGGAGAGGAGCUGGAGCGGGAGUUCGAGGCUGCCGCCGACCGCGUCAGAGACCUGAUCCAGACGGCCAGCAGGGACCAGCUGCUGUACCUGUACGCCCGCUACAAACAGGUCAAAGUGGGGAAGUGUAACACAGCAAAGCCGGGUUUCUUUGACUUCGAAGGACAGAGAAAAUGGCAAGCCUGGAAGCAGCUCGGAGACAUGGAGCCGGAGCAGGCGAUGCAAGAGUACAUCUCCUGUGUCAAUGUGUUAGACCCUGAAGGCAGCACGAAGGAAAGACGAGGAGCAGACAGGAGAACGGGCUUCGGAGGGGCAGCAGUCAGCUCUCUAUACCAGGAGGAGAUGAUCAGGGAAGAGGAUAAAAACAUCUUUGACUACUGCAGAGAAAAUAACAUCGACCACAUCAGCAAGGCCAUCGGCUCCCAGAAAGUGGACGUCAAUACUAAAGAUGAAGAGGGUCGCGCUCUCCUGCACUGGGCCUGCGACAGAGGACACAAGGAGCUGGUGUCGGUACUACUGCAGCACAAAGCCGACAUCAACAGUCAGGAUAAUGAAGGACAGACGGCGCUACAUUAUGCAUCAGCGUGCGAGUUCGCCGACAUCGUGGAGCUCCUGCUGAACGCCGGCGCCGACCCGUCCAUCAAAGACAUGGAGGGUUCUCUCCCCGAGGAGGUCACCGAAUCCAGCGCCAUCUCCUCCCUCCUGCGUCAGUACACGGCUCCCAAAGGCUAGAGGUCCUGACGCGCCUCCGCCCGGUCAUUCCCCAGCCUCCUAGUCUCAUCCCCGCUCCGCCCAUUCAUCCCUCCUUCAUCCCCCCGAAGAGACUCUGUUCAGCCCCGGCAGUUUGUAGACUGCAGAAGUUUUGUUUUUGAUUUUCUUUCCGAAUUCUUGAGGUGAGUUUGUUGGUUUAGCUCUCCUGGGCUGCGGUUGUAAACAUUAGUCAUUUGAUAAGACACUUGAGUUUAAGGGCACCGCAUGUAUUUUUAUUCUUCUAAAAUCCUGUAAUGUUGAUUUAUCUGCACAGUGGGGUUGGGUGAUAUGACGACGGCUGUGAGACUUUGGUCAGCUGGCUGAGAUUUUGCUGUACUUAGGUAGCUGUAGCUUCUCUCAUCGAGGAAGACCUUCGCUUGCAAUAUGGCGAAUCAAUGUCGGGACUGUUUAUUGGCAAUAUUAUGACGACAGGACUCGUGCAUCAAAGUAUCUGGAUUUAUCAGGUAUUUAUCUCACCGGAGGAACCAAAAACAGACAUUCCCAUCCACUUCUUUUCUCUGUAAACGGCAUAAGAUUCACCAUAUGCAUCAUUAUCACAGUACAAUAUGCCAUAUAACAUACAUUAUACCAUGAUAUAUCUACCGCUCUGCAUUAUACGGAUAUGUAUCACCCACUCCUACUGCUCAGGUCUGACAAGCAGCCAGGCCUUUUAGUCUGGGUCAGCUCCCCUCUGACAGUUUGUUCAUAUUCAGUUGUGUUACGUACAAAGGAAUGCUUUAUUCAUUUGACAUAUAUCAUCAUUAAAGUCUUCAGUGAAUCUGUU